CUCCGGUCGCGUCAUGGCCCAGAAAACGCCAGAAAUUUACUCUGUGGAGCUCAGUGGAACUGAAGACGUGGAGAAAACAGACAGGGGGGGUGGUGGCGGCAAGGAGAAGUACAGGGGCCUGAAGAACAAGCGCUUGGGACUCAGAAAGAAUCACCAGAAGGAAGCACUGAAAAAAGAACUUGGUCUGGAGGACCACAAACUCAGCACUAAGGAGUUGGAAAAGAAAUACGGUACCAACAUCAUUACGGGUCUCUCCAGCACCCAGGCUGCUGAGCUCCUGGCCCGGAACGGGCCCAACGCCCUCACCCCUCCCCAGGAAACACCGGAGAUUAUCAAGUUCCUCAAGCAGAUGGUGGGGGGGUUCUCUAUCCUUCUGUGGAUAGGAGCCAUCCUGUGCUGGGUCGCAUAUGCGAUUCAGUACUUCAGCGAUAAGUCCUCAUCCCUAGACAACGUGUACCUGGGCGUUGUGCUUGCCCUGGUCGUUAUUUUCACGGGCAUCUUUGCUUACUACCAAGAGGCGAAAAGCACCAACAUCAUGGCCAGUUUUAGUAAGAUGAUCCCACAGCAAGCUCUUGUCAUUCGAGAUUCAGAGAAGAAGACAGUCCCUGCAGAGCAGCUGGUGGUGGGGGACAUAGUGGAGAUUAAAGGAGGAGACAAGAUUCCUGCGGACAUCAGGUUGCUGUCUGCUCAGGGGUGUAAGGUCGAUAACUCAUCUCUCACUGGGGAAUCUGAGCCCCAGUCUCGCUCUUGUGAGUUUACCCACGACAGUCCCUUGGAAACAAAGAAUAUUGGCUUCUAUUCUACCACCUGUCUGGAAGGCACAGCAACUGGCUUGGUCAUCAACACAGGUGACCACACCAUCAUUGGUCAGAUCGCCUCCCUGGCUUCUGGAGUUGGACAUGAGAAGACGCCCAUUGCCAUUGAGAUCGAGCACUUUGUUCAUAUUGUGGGAGGAGUGGCCGUCUCCAUUGGCAUCCUUUUCUUCAUCAUCGCGGUGUCCAUGAAGUAUUCUGUCCUGAACUCCAUCAUCUUCCUCAUUGGCAUCAUUGUGGCCAAUGUGCCUGAGGGUCUCCUGGCCACUGUCACUGUGACUCUGUCACUGACAGCAAAGCGGAUGGCCAAGAAGAACUGCCUGGUAAAGAACCUGGAGGCCGUGGAGACCCUCGGCUCCACCUCCAUCAUUUGCUCCGACAAGACGGGGACUCUGACCCAGAACAGGAUGACCGUGGCCCAUCUGUGGUUCGAUAAUCAGAUCUUUGUGGCUGACACAAGUGAAGACCAUUCCAACCAAGUCUUUGAUCAAAGCUCUGGAACCUGGGCCUCCCUAUCAAAGAUAAUAACGUUGUGUAACCGAGCCGAAUUCAGACCCGGACAGGAGAGUGUCCCCAUCAUGAAGAAAGCUGUGGUUGGAGAUGCCUCAGAAACUGCUCUUCUGAAAUUCUCAGAGGUCAUUUUGGGUGACGUGAUGGAAGUUAGAAAAAGAAACCGCAAAGUAGCUGAAAUCCCUUUUAACUCGACCAACAAAUUUCAGCUCUCCAUCCACGAGACAGAUGACCCCAAUGACAAGCGCUUCCUCAUGGUAAUGAAAGGGGCCCCUGAGAGAGUCUUAGAGAAGUGCAGCACCAUCAUGGUCAAUGGCCAGGAGCAGCCUCUGGACGAGAGCAUGGCCGAGGCCUUCCACACAGCGUACAUGGAGCUGGGAGGCCUGGGGGAGCGUGUGUUGGGUUUCUGUCAUCUCUACUUGCCAGCAGACAAGUUUCCAGAAACCUAUUCCUUUGAUGUAGACACCAUGAACUUUCCCACUUCCGGCCUCUGUUUCGUGGGGCUCUUGUCCAUGAUCGAUCCCCCACGGUCCACGGUGCCCGACGCAGUCACCAAGUGCCGGAGUGCAGGCAUCAAGGUUAUCAUGGUUACAGGUGAUCAUCCAAUCACAGCCAAAGCUAUUGCCAAGAGUGUAGGUAUCAUUUCAGCCAACAGUGAGACGGUGGAGGACGUCGCGCAGCGCCUCAGCGUUCCUGUGGAGCAAGUGAACAAAGGGGACGCUAAAGCUGCAGUGGUGACUGGCAUGGCGCUGAAGGACAUGAGCCCGGAACAGCUGGACGAGCUCUUAACCAGCUACCCAGAGAUCGUCUUUGCCCGGACAUCCCCCCAGCAGAAGCUGAUCAUCGUGGAGGGCUGUCAAAGGCAGGAUGCAGUUGUCGCUGUGACAGGGGAUGGCGUUAAUGACUCUCCAGCUCUGAAGAAGGCAGACAUCGGGAUUGCCAUGGGGAUAGCAGGUUCUGACGCAGCCAAAAAUGCAGCUGACAUGGUCUUGCUGGAUGACAACUUCGCAUCUAUAGUCACCGGGGUGGAGGAGGGUCGCCUGAUCUUUGACAACCUAAAGAAGACUGUCGCUUACACCCUGACCAAGAACAUUGCUGAGCUGUGUCCUUUUCUGAUCUACAUCAUUGCUGGGCUCCCCCUGCCCAUUGGCACCAUUACCAUCUUGUUCAUCGACUUGGGCACAGACAUAAUUCCCUCCGUUGCCUUGGCUUACGAGAAAGCUGAAAGUGACAUUAUGAUCAGGAAGCCUCGCCACAAGAAGAAGGACAGACUGGUGAACAAGCCACUUGCCAUAUACUCUUACCUGCACAUUGGCCUCAUGCAAGCCCUGGGCGCUUUUGUUGUAUAUUUCACGGUGUAUGCACAGGAGGGCUUUAGACCCAGUGCUCUCAUUAACCUCCGGGUGGAGUGGGAAAAGGACGAUGUGAAUGACUUGGAAGACAGCUAUGGACAAGAAUGGACGAGCUACCAGAGGAAGUACGUAGAAUGGAUGGGCUACACGGCUUUCUUUGUUGGCAUCAUGAUCCAGCAAAUAGCAGAUCUGAUCAUCAGGAAAACCCGGAGGAAUUCCAUCUUCCAGCAGGGCCUCUUCAGAAAUAAAGUCAUCUGGGUGGGGAUUGCCUCACAGAUUAUCAUCGCGUUGAUCCUCUCCUAUGGCCUGGGAAGUGUCCCAGCCCUGAAUUUCACUGUGCUCCGGCCUCAGUAUUGGUUUGUGGCUGUGCCAUAUGCCAUUCUGAUUUGGGUAUAUGAUGAAGUACGAAAACAUUUCAUCAGACUCUACCCUGGAAGCUGGUGGGAUAAGAACAUGUAUUAUUAAGACCAUCUUACUUCACAAGCCUCCCAGCCACACCCUGGAGAUGUUCUUCCUUUUCUUGCCACUAGCUGGGAAGUUGCUGCAGGAGGGACAUCAUCAGGAUGCGUACAAGAAAAGGCAGAGAGCGUCUGAAAGAUGCUCACUGAUGUUUUGUGCUUUAAAGCAGAGAUUCAACUUUUUAUAUAUGAUUUUCAUCUCUA